AAAGCGCAUCCCGUCAUAAACUUGGCAACGUUUUCCCUCCCUCCUUUUCCCCCUCUUAAAUGUCAGUUAAUGUCGUCUGUAAAGCACGUUGAAUUCUGGGCUUUCACUCUUUCUCUCUCGUGUUAAACUGAUUUGUUCGUGAUUGCCCAAAGUCCAUUUACUGGGUUUAAGGACCCGCGUGUGUGUGUGUGUCACUCUUCUUAUUCUAAGAGACGUCACUCGAGUUGUAUCAAGUGUGUGACGAUAUAUCCGGCAUUUGUGUGUCAUAGGACACUAAUUGGUAUGUGUUAAUAAUGAAUUCAUGUCAAUCACCUUAAUUAUAAUGUAUGUUCCCUCCCAGGCCUAUUCACCUCUGGGUGUUGACCCUGUGUACGAGUGAUUCUCACCUUGUGUGUAGCCUGUCUUCACAGGUAGCUAAAUCUUUACUCGCUCUCUCUCUGAUUAUGUCCCUAACCUUAUUUUAUUCCUUCUCAGGAACCACCACUUCCAUUAUCAUAAGUACACCGUGUUCAUUUAUAUGAGCACAAGUCAAGUCGAACACAAUACAAGAGAUUUUGCUCUUACGAGCCAGCUUCAGGUUUUCAUUAAGUGGAAACAUUUGGUCCUUCGAACCGGAGCUAUCUCCACGUCAAGCAAGAUUCUUCUUGCAUCCUACUUGUUUCAUCGAGAUCCUUCUCACUAUCCAGGCAGUUUAACGUUGAUUGCUCUUUCCGAGCCCUAAACCUGCCGUCAAUUCGUCGAGACUCUUCUCAUCUUCAGCUCCAUUCCGAAUUUCUGGUCGGUCACAGCUGAUUCCAGAUUCUUCUCCUCACCGAGGUGGUUUAGCCGUCGAGAUUCUUCUCACUCUACACACCCUAGACCAGCCGACUAGACAUCGAGACUCCUUUCAUCAUUCAGCUUCGUUUUAGGCAAGCUUAUUCUUUGAUCUCGUGCUGUACUACACUUCAUCACUCGUUAUCGAGCCCGAAUCCGGUUGAUUGUCAUCUACCUUCGAAUUGAUCACUGCCUUCCGAGCCACUCAUCUUCCGUUGGGGAGACCAUUGCCAGCCAUCUCAAGGUUGAGAUUCUUCUUCCACCAAACCUCGUCCAUCGACGUCUUCCACUAUGGACGAUGCAGCUUUUAUCGCGUUGAAGAAGAAGAGGACAACAUUACGGCAGCAAGUCACGAGGGCCACCAGCAGCUUAACAACAAUAGUCAACUCAUCAGGUUCACGGAGAAACGCGAAAGCACUGAUAGUGCAUCUCAAUGAUCUCAUUCUCCGAACUUCAGUCCUACAGACCGAAAUUACAGCAAUUGAAGAAGAUGAAGACGAAGCUGAGCGUCAAGAUAGCACACAUCUCACCUACGUGGGCAAAUGCGACGAGGCCAUUGCGGCAGCCCGGGCUUAUCUGACAAGCCGUGAAGGAGAAGAGGCAUCGGUAGUAAACCCGCACGACGGUCUGCCCGUCCCAAAUCCGCCCCUUAUUCCCAUAACACCGUCGGAAGCCGGCCGGCGCAACCAAGCGCAACAAGAAGCCACCCAGCGUGAGCAAGCUCACAAGGAAGAGGUCGCUGCAGCCGAAAGGAAAUGUGAAGAAAUUAGAAUGCGAGCCCAAGCCCUUUGGGAAGAAGCCGAAGCUGCUCAAGCGGCUCUCAAUCAGUUGAAUAUCCGUCAACCAGAUCAAGAUCACUACUCGUCCGUUAGUCAACAGCUAGAGAAACGGUCUCCAGCAGCAGAAGAAUGGCUGAACAAGCAGCGAAACCUGAACGACAAUCAAGACGCCCCGGACGACUGGAUCGAUCUCUACAACAAUGGACGUUUACUUCCGGUCCAUAGCAAGUUCUCUUCCCGUUCCGCCGUCUCUGCAGAAUUGGACGUUUAUACUGGAAAGGCCAUCGAGUGGUUCGGCUGGAUUGACCUUUUUCGUGCGUUAGUACAUGACACGCCGAAAACCCCUGGAGAAAAAUUGGCGCUGCUGAAACAUUACCUCAAGGGCGAAUGUUUGGAUGUUGUCUACGGCCUGGGUGGCGGCGAAUCGGCCUACAAGCAGGCGCUGGUACGGCUGAAGGAGACGUUUGGAAGACGAGACGUUAUGCGGGCCGCCCACAUCCAGGCCAUUGAGCGCCUAGAAUUCAAGAAUGAACCGAGAGUGUUCAAACGUUUUGCCGAAAGAGUACGGACUCAUCUCUUCGACCUCAGCAGGAUUGGAGAAGCGUCAUCAGCCGAUAUCAUCGAGAAAGUAUGCUUCAGGCUCAAUCAGCAAGAUCGACUCGAUUGGAAUGCAGGACGACGUGGCCGUUUGGAAUUUCGUAGCCUCAACGAUUUCGGCACUUGGAUUUGUGAGCGAGCAUCGGAUUAUCUGAACGCCUACAGCAUAGCAGCGGAUCAAGUUGAUGCCGACGGUCCAGCAACAUCAAGAGGAAACUUCCCACGUCGAGCCAAUACGCAUUAUUCAUCCGUGGAUACGUCCGAAGGAGCAGGAGCUGUUUCAACUAAGAAGCCGUUCUGUUAUAAGUGCGAGAAGGAGCAUUGGCUUCAAGAAUGUGAAAGUUUCAAGGCUCUCUCAGUGGAGGAGCGGAUCAAUUUCUGUAUUUUGCAUCGGCUGUGUUUUAGCUGUUUUAGCUGCCGACACCCAGUGCAAGAUUGUCGAACCAAGUGGCGAUGCAGACAACCCGAAUGCAGAUAUUUUCAUCAUAUUCUGCUGCAUGAAGGCGCGAUGCCGGCAGAGAAAGAAGCCCGUCCUUCAAUCGUUCGGAUUAUUGGCCAUCAGAGAGUGACAUUGGGGAUGCUGAAACUCAGCGUGCAAUCUGCGGAUGGUAACUGGGUGCUCGCCAAUAUUAUCGCCGAUGAAGGCAGUGACACCACCUUGAUUAGGACGACCUUCGCGACCCGUUUAAAGCUGCAAGGACUGCCGCAGGUGUUGAAGGUGGAUGGUGUCGGCGGAGUCAUCGACCGAUACCAGUCCGAACGAGUCCAGUUCCAGUUACGCGCCGAAUCUGGCGAAAUCUUUAAGAUGGAAGGUUCAACAAUGAAGAUGGUCGCCAGCCCAACUCCGAUCACGGACUGGAGUAAGGAAAAACAGAAUUGGCCGCAUCUCCGCGACCUCCCGGUCGGAGUAGUGGGAGGAAAGUUGGAUCUUCUCGUAGGUAUAGACUAUCUGCAUCUUUUGUUGCCGCGCGAGACCAGAGAAGGACACGAUUAUGAGCCAAUCGCCUACAAAACAAGACUUGGUUGGAUCGUGCGAGGAGUUACCAAUCGAAGCCAUCAGGUCACAUCCAUUCGUAGCUGCACGAUCGCUGGCCAGACCCUCCUGGAUAAUUUGACAGCGGAAGUUCGUCGUCUCUGUCACACCGAGGCGUUUGGGACCGAAUUCAACGCCGGAUGUGUAUCAGCCGACGACCGCCGAGCUCUAGUGAUGGCAAAGGAGAAGACCUGGAGAGCCUUCUCAGGAGGAUCCAGCGCAAGCCGAAUUUAG